UAGAUACAAAAAUAUUGUAUUAUAAAUCAUACAAAAAAUGUGUAAUGAUCCUAACAGGCUACAAUUCAAAGGAGGAAAUCCCGGUGCUGUCCAAUUCGGUAAUUUUAUAAAUUAUUAUCAGUUUCAUUCGCCGGAUGAUCGGAUAAAGUUGCUGCCGGAAAAUAUUUGGAACAUCGAAAGUACUUGCAUUGCCCUAGAUGUAGGUUGUAAUGCAGGGAAUUUAACCGUCGCUUUAAGGGAUUUUUUAUUGAAUCGUUCAUCGAAGGAUUCCUCGAUACUAGGUAUCGACAUCGAUCCUCUAUUAAUAGACAGAGCGAAAGAGCUCGCAGCAGAUAACGUGACUUUUACAUGUUUAGAUAUAAUGGACGAAUCGGAGAGGAAUGAGAUAAUAAAUAAUUUCUUAUUGUCCAAGGAAAAAGAGAGAUUUUCUAUAGUGUUCUGUUUUUCCACCUCUAUGUGGAUACACUUAAAUUACGGUGAUGAAGGAUUGAAAUCGUUUUUAAAAUAUUUAUGCUCUGUUACCGAUACACUAGUGUUAGAAGCUCAACCGUGGAAAUGUUAUAAAACCGCUGUAAAACGAAUGAAACAAAAUAACUUCACAUUUCCUGAAUUCGGUAAACUGAAACUUAGGGAAAACAUCGAAAGUGACAUUCAAACCAUUUUAACAAACGAUUGUAAUAUGAUUAAAUUAUUUGAAAGUGAUAAAAACGCUUGGGAUCGAAAAUUGCUAAUAUUUAAGCGUAAAAGUUAAUUUUAUUUGUUGUAUUUUAAUAAAAAAAUGAACAAAA